AUGAAUUUACCGAUGUAUACAUUUGUCGCUCGAGACGACAACAGUACUAUUUAUGCUGAAGUUUCCAAAAUUCUCGUCGCUACUGGACAAUGGAAGAGACUGAAAAGGGAUAAUCCCCGAUUCAACUUGAUGUUGGGCGAACGGAACAGACUGCCAUUUGGACGGCUUGGUAAGAGUAACACUUUUGGCAUACGCAGUAAAUGGUCUUCCAUUGCAUUGAAUGCCUUUUGUUGGAAUGUCAGUAUUCUUGUUCUCACCCUCAAGCCAAACCCAUGAAUUGUGUCGUACGAAACAGCUGAUGUAGACCUCUGAUGGAGCCCAAUAGGCUGAUACACAUCACCCGUGCUAAUCUGGCACUCACUGCAAUGCGCCUAGUCUCAUUGGGAGUCAAACCAGGACAUCUACACUCUGCAAAGUAAAAAGAAAGUUACUCCCUUAUACCACUGAUAAUGUUCCUGAAUUAUUGAUUUGUGGCCCACCCCUGUCUCAAUUUAUAAUCAAGAUUUUGGCCUUGACUAUCCUGGAGCCUAUAGUCUAUUGCUACUUUGUUACAAAAUUAUAACCUUAUUUUAGUGAUAUCACUGUAUCCACAUGCAUCCUUGGUCACUGAAUCAUAUCCUCUGUGGAAGAUGCCACAAGUAGGCCUUAUUGGACACACUGAAAUGCCAUGUUUGACCUCAGAGAGGGAGAAGGACCUAAAUGAUUGCUAAAUGAUUUAUUGUGUUUACACCGCCCUAUUGUAAUCACUUUUUCAUCUUUAUUUUUUCUGCAUGUGUUCGUUUAUCCUCCCACAGGUCAUGAGCCUGGACUGAUGCAACUGGUGAAUUAUUACAGAGGAGCAGACAAGUUGUGCCGUAAAGCAUCUUUAGUCAAGUAGGUAUUUUCAAACCUUGACGAGUUGAAAAGGUUCCAGUGUAAUAAUUUUCACUCUGAUACUGUAAUUUUCACUCAUUCAUGCUGAUACUGUAAAUGUCAUCAAUAUCCGCUUUCUUUACAUUGUGCAGGUUAAUCAAGACUAGCCCGGAGCUUCCAGAUCCCGGCAACUGGUUGCCUGAAUCCUACAUCAUCUAUCCUACUAACCUCAACACUCCCAUCGCUCCUGCAAAGAAUGGCAUGAGCCACCUGAAAAGUAACCCCAAGACGGAUGAAAGAGAAGUUUUCCUGGCCUCUUAUCACUCAAGGAAGGAAAGCGGAGAGGGAACAGUGUGGAUCGCCAAGUCAUCUUCUGGAGCAAAAGGUAGGUCUAAAGGCUCAGAUUUCUACUGACAGCUGGUACUGCUAGAUACUGUAGUUAUUGGGCAUUAUGGGGGGAAAAUUAUAGUAUUGCUGCCUAAAGAAGCUCUCUUUUUAAGCUAAUGCAUGCCUCAUGUUUUUGGAAGUUUCCUUUGACUACCCAGGGAGUUACAAACACGUUGUUGGCUAAAUAUAUAUUACUAGGAUUGUAUACAAAGAUGAGGCUUGGGUUGGUUUUCUUGUUCCAGGUGCUGGUAUUUUGAUAUCCCAUGAUGCAAAUCAAUUGCUGGAGUUCAUUGAUAAUCAAGGGCAGGUUCAUGUCAUUCAGAAGUACCUAGAAAGACCACUACUGUUGCAACCUGGCAACCGUAAAUUUGACAUCAGGUAAGCAGCUGAUACUAAUACUUUUGAGUGAUAGCACAUCUAGUGUGUGUUUAUUACACAGUUAUUACCAACAAAGACCAUAUAGGCUUAUAAUACACAGUUCAGGCAGUCUGAGGAACAGCAACAUAAGAAAUGUUAUCACUGGUGUUUUGCCCAGUAGUCUCUGACUCUGUGGGUUUGUUGUUGUGUUCUUAGGAGCUGGGUGCUCGUGGACCAUCAGUACAACAUCUACCUUUACCGGGAGGGUGUGCUGCGGACGGCGUCGGAGCCCUACGACAGCUCCAACUUCCAGGACGUGACCAGCCACCUGACCAACCACUGCAUCCAGAAAGAGCACUCGCAGAACUACGGCCGCUACGAGGAGGGCAACGAGAUGUUCUUCGACGAGUUCCGGCAGUACCUACUGAGCAUGCACAACAUAGUGCUGGAGACCAACAUUUUACCUCAGAUCAAGCAGAUCAUAAGGUAGCUAGCUACUUCUCCUCCGGUGCUAUGCUGUUUGUGUUUACUUCAAUGAAGGAGAUGGAAAAAUACCGUUUUUUCAGAUGACCUUGAAAACAUGGCCUUUCCGUUAACAUUGCAUAGUUCUACAAAUAGCUAUUUAUAGGUAUUUGCUUAACAACUAGGCUAUACUCUACUUAGACACCUGACAAUGGUUGUUCUGUCUGGUCUCCUAGGAGCUGUCUGACAUGCAUUGAGCCUGCCAUCAGCACUAAGCACUUGUCCUAUCAGAGCUUCCAGCUCUUCGGCUUUGACUUCAUGGUGGACGAGAGCUUCAAGGUGUGGCUGAUAGAGAUCAAUGGAGCUCCGGCCUGCGCACAGUCAGUACUAUUUUAUAUUAUUCUCCCAGUGGUCAUAAACAUAGCAGAUAGUAAUAUGUUAUAAAACUAUUUUCCUCUUUAUCCCCUUCCUCUUGCCUGCACUCAGUUGGUUCAUCCUCUCUUUACAUCAAUAUACUAUUGCAGGUUUUUCAUUACAUUUUAUUCAUUUAAUUUUUGUUGAACUCUGUUAUUUUCACCAAAGGUUCUACAUCUCACCUCCCCUUAUGUUAUAUUUCCAUUUCAUAUAAAAUUCAGAGUAAAGGGCCUCACUCCCAAAUUACAGUGUGAGACAAUGUGAUACAAUUAUUUGAGACAUAUGCAUGGCGUGUGCUCUACUCAGACGGACUGGCAGUUGUUUCUUUGUUUGUUCACGCCAAGAGGUUUGGGCAGAAAUGUUCAUUCCUUUUGAUAAUGUUUGUUCCGUUGUUCAAAGCUUAGAGGGCUUUAAUAACUUCUCAUGUUAGAAUUUAAUGAAUGUUUUAUUUUUGAAUCUCUGACUUCCCGGUGAACUUAAAUGUGCUUGAGUGUAGAAUUGUCCUUUGAAUAGAUUUUUCAUGCUAGAUAAAGUUUCUGGACUCUGGAUCAUUAAUUCUCCCCUAUAUAAUCUCACUAAGUCUGAUUUAACUGGCAUGACAUCUUAUUAAUUGCACUGUUAACUCUCCCUCCUCUAGGAAACUCUACCCGGAGCUAUGCCAAGGUAUUGUGGACAUAGCCAUCUCCAGUGUCUUCACUCUGAACAACGAUUCUGAACCACGAUCAUCUUCCUCCUCCCCUGCUCCCUACUCCUCCUCCCCCUCAUUUUCUACUCUCACCUCAUCCACCUGUUCCUCUCCGAAAUUGAGAGGACCCCUCCAUGUGGGCCCAUUCACCCGAUUGUAAGUCCCCCCUCCUCUGCUUCAGAAGUUCCACCCUCUGCUCCUCACUUCUAGGCUUUUCUGAGAGGUCCCUCAGGCCAGGAAGCUUGCCAUCUCAUUGGUUCUUGCUUGGCAAGUUUUGUCUCAAAGUGGAUGACCCU